AUGUCUUCAAGAAAGUGAGUUUUUUUAUGAAAAAAAAAUUCUGAAAAAAAACCAAGAAAAAAACAAAACCUGGAACAUUCAUAAAAAGGUCCCUCGAGAUUUGGUUGGUUUUUGAAAACAAAGCUUUUUCAGAGUUUCCCGUGUGCAUUACGACGACGAAGAGUCGGCUCCAAUUAUAGAUAUGAGUUUGGUCGCUGAAGGACAUUUCAGGUAUACAUUUUUCAUUUAUUUUCGAAAAAAAUUGUGGUAUACAAUUAUAAAUUUGCAAUCAAUUAUUUUUCGAGAAAAAAAAACAGAAAAAAUAAUCUAUUAUCCCACAAUUAAAUGACGCCCCGAAAAAAUAAAUAACUCAUGUGAUUUUUUUCCAAUUUCAGAGAAAGUGCAUAUAACAAAAAUUUCCAUAAACACUGGAAAGUGCAAAUCUCAUUUUGCCAUGAGAAAACAACAACAAAUUUCAUUAUUUUUUUCAGAGGCAUGAAAGAGUUGUUGAGCUCUAUGGAUUUGGACACAGAUGCGAAUUCGGUGCGAGAAUUGAAAGAACGAACUCAUAUGUUGUGUGCAAGAUUUCUUGGGGGUGCUUGGAAAACUGUUCCUCUCGAGCAUCUAAGAAUCAGCAGAAUCAAGUGAGUUGUUUUUUGUUAUGGAAUGUGAAGAGGUGUGGGAAACCUUUCUGACGUUUUGCAUAAUUUCAGAGGUGGAAUGAGUAACAUGUUAUUCCUUUGUCGAUUAUCUGAAGUCUAUCCACCCAUUAGAAAUGAGCCCAAUAAAGUUUUGCUGCGUGUAUAUUUCAAUCCUGAAACGGAGAGUCAUCUGGUUGCUGAAUCCGUUAUUUUUACUCUUCUAUCAGAAAGACAUCUUGGUCCAAAAUUGUAUGGUAUUUUCAGUGGUGGACGUCUGGAAGAAUACAUUCCAGUAAGUUGUUCUAUCAUAACAAUAAUAUAUUUGAAAAAAAUCAUAUAUUUUUCCAGUCGAGACCACUUUCAUGUAGCGAAAUCGGACUUUCACACAUGUCUACAAAAAUAGCGAAGCGUUUAGCAAAAGUUCACCAAUUAGAAGUUCCUAUUUGGAAAGAGCCAGAUUAUUUGUGUGAAGCUCUUCAAAGAUGGCUCAAACAAUUGACAUCAACAGUUUCGAAUGAACAACGUUUUGAAUUGCCUGAAGACGAUAUAAGUGUAAAUUGUGUUGAUUUGGCAAGAGAAUUGGAGUUUGUGAAAGCUCACAUUUCAAAAAGCACUUCGCCAGUCACUUUUUGUCAUAAUGAUUUGCAAGAAGGAAAUAUUCUUCUUCCAAAAGCUUCAUCUGGAAAUAUUCGUAUGCCUUCGUUGUCUGAUGAAGUUCAAACUUUGGGAAAUAGUUUAUCCGCUUUCAAUCCGUCUGAUCCAAAAUUGGUGUUGAUUGAUUUCGAGUAUGCCAGCUAUAAUUACAGGUAUUGUUUGUUUGAAAAAUUAUGAAAAUGGUAAAAUUAAAACCAUUUCUUCAGAGCGUUUGACUUUGCUAAUCAUUUUGUUGAAUGGACCAUUGAUUAUGAUAUUGACGAGGAACCUUUUUAUAAAAUUCAAUCAGAAAACUUCCCAGAAACUGAUAUGGUAUGACUUUCCAGAUGAAAAAUUUCUAAAGAAAUUUUAUUUGCAGAUGUUGGAAUUCUUUGUCAAUUAUCUCCGUGAACAGGGUGGAAUUCGUGAAGACAACUUAUAUACCAAGGCUGAAAGUUUGAUCGAAGAAACUCUGCCAUUUAUCCCAGUAUCUCACUUUUUCUGGGGUGUUUGGAGCUUGUUGCAAUGUGAAUUGUCGCCAGUUGGAUUCAAUUUUUCGGUAAAAUCAAUCCUACAAAAUUUUAUUUCGAAAAAAAAUAUUUUCAGGAUUAUGGAAAAGACAGACUUUCGCUUUACUUCAAACACAAAAACUUCUUGGAAAACUUGCAAUAA